AUGUUUAUUCCCGGUCCUAGAAGUCCUGGAGAUGAAAUUGAUGUUUAUCUUCAACCAUUGAUUGAUGAAUUAAAUGAAUUAUGGGAAACUGGAGUUGUUACCUUUGAUGCAUCAACUAAACAGAACUUCAUGUUGCAUGCUGAUUUAUUGUGGACCAUUAAUGACUUUCCAGCUUACGCAAAUCUAUCUGGUUGGACUACAAAAGGAAAAUUGGCUUGCCCAUGUUGUAAAAAAGAAACAAUCUCAGAAAGGUUGAUACAUGGUCAAAAAAAGUGUUAUAUGGGUCAUAGAUGCUUUCUUCCUCUUAAUCACAAAUGGAGGAACGAUAAAAAGUCAUUUGAUGGUACUACAGAGUGGAGAUUAGCUCCGAAUACAUUGUCUCGUGAUGACAUACUUGAUCAAGUGGCUGAUUUAGAUGGGUUACCUCUAACAAAUGAUCCAAAGAAGAAGAUUAAAGUGUCACAUGAGAAUAGAGGUGAUAAUCGGAAUAAGAAGAGUAUCUUUUUUGAUCUUCUAUAUUGGAAAACUUUGUUGUUGCGGCAUAAUUUAGAUGUGAUGCACAUUGAGAAGAAUAUAUGUGAUAAUAUUUUGGGAAUAAUCUUAAAUAUCAAAGGCAAAACAAAAGACACCCUGAGUAGUCGCUUGGAUUUGCAAGAAAUGAACAUCAGGAAAGAAUUGCAUCCAAAAAUAAUUGGAGAUAAAGCAAAGUCCUUAAAGCUAGAGGAGUUGGAACAAAUAGAAGAACAAAUUCCUGAAACUUUAUGCAAGUUAGAAAAGGUUUUCAUUCCUGCUUUAUUUUAUGUCAUGGAGCACUUGCCAAUUCAUUUAGCUAAUGAGGCAAUGAUUGUUGGACCCGUUCAAUACCGAUCAAUGUAUCUAGUGGAGCAAUGGUUAUACUUUUUGAAGCUUUUUAUUCGUAAUAGAUCAUGCGUUGAAGGUUCUAUUGCAGAGGGACAUAUAGCAAAUGAAUUUACGACCUUAUGUUCAAGAGAGUUUUCUCAAGUUCCAAGUGAUUCCUCUCAAAAAAAUCCAGAUAGGGAAUUCAUCAGCUGGUUUAAAGAAAAGAUUGUUGGAUUAUACAAACAUGACAAUAGUAAGAAAAUGGAAGAUUUACUCACAUUGUCACGUGGUCCUAUGAAAUAUGCGACAGGUUUCAAAGGAUACAUUAUUAAUGGGUAUAGAUUUCAUGUACAAGAUUAUGAUAAUGGUUUGAGGACUCAAAAUUGUGGUAUAGUUGUUGCUGGUGAGACUGGAAGAAGAUAG